GAUCUUGAACAAUUAGCUGCAGAAGUAAGAGCAGAGAUUGUGUACUCAGUGGCAAAGACAGGAGGCCAUUUGAGUUCAAGUUUAGGUGUAGUGGAUUUAACUGUGGCUUUGCACCAUGUUUUUGAUACUCCUGAUGAUAGAAUUAUAUGGGAUGUUGGUCAUCAGGCAUAUGCACAUAAAAUCUUGACAGGAAGGAGGUCUAAAAUGCAUACUAUUAGAAAGACUUCAGGGCUAGCACCAUUUCCUAAAAGGGAUGAGAGCAUCUAUGAUGCUUUUGGUGCAGGGCAUAGUUCAACUAGCAUCUCUGCUGGUCUAGGCAUGGCAGUUGCGCGAGAUCUUUUAGGGAAAAACAACCAUGUCAUUUCUGUGAUUGGAGAUGGAGCAAUGACUGCAGGACAAGCAUAUGAGGCCAUGAAUAAUGCAGGAUUUCUCGACACGAAUCUUAUUGUCAUAUUAAAUGAUAAUGAACAAGUUUCUUUACCAACUGCAACUUUAGAUGGCCCUGCAACUCCAGUUGGAGCACUCAGUAGUGCCUUAAGCAAAAUCCAAGCUAGUACUAAGUUUAGACAACUUCGCGAAACUGCAAAGAGCAUAACAAAGCAAAUUGGACCUCAAGCACAUGAAGUUGCAGCUAAAGUUGAUGAAUAUGCAAGGGGAAUGAUUAGUGCUUCUUGUUCAACUCUUUUUGAGGAGUUAGGAUUAUAUUAUAUUGGUCCAGUAGAUGGUCAUAAUAUUGAAGAUUUGAUUACUAUUUUAAAGAAGGUAAAAUCAAUGCCAGCACCAGGACCAGUUCUAAUUCACAUUGUAACAGAGAAAGGAAAAGGCUAUCCUCCUGCUGAAGCAGCAGCUGAUAAAAUGCAUGGGGUGGCACAGUUUGAUCCAAAAACAGGAAAGCAAUUUAAGGCUAAAUCACCUACGCUUUCAUAUACUCAAUACUUUGCUGAAUCCCUGAUUAAAGAAGCUGAAGUUGAUAAUAAGAUUGUAGCUAUACAUGCUGCAAUGGGUGGUGGAACUGGCCUCAAUUAUUUCCAGAAACAAUUCCCGGAACGUUGUUUUGAUGUUGGCAUUGCUGAACAACAUGCUGUUACCUUUGCAGCUGGUUUAGCUACAGAAGGCCUAAAACCGUUCUGUGCCAUUUACUCCUCGUUCUUACAACGAGGCUAUGACCAGGUGGUGCACGAUGUGGAUCUUCAGAAGCUACCUGUCCGGUUUGCAAUGGACCGAGCUGGUUUGGUUGGUGCAGAUGGUCCAACACAUUGUGGAGCAUUUGACGUCACAUACAUGGCUUGUUUACCUAAUAUGGUAGUCAUGGCUCCAUCAGAUGAAGCAGAGCUAAUGCAUAUGGUUGCAACAGCAGCAGCUAUUGAUGAUAGGCCUAGUUGUUUCAGAUUUCCUAGAGGAAAUGGAGUUGGUGCCCUUCUUCCUCCAAACAAUAAAGGAAUACCAAUUGAG